UUCUGAUUUCAUUAUACGUGGUUUAUGUGAUAAUCAAUUUUUUUUUAUCAACGAUUAUGAAUUUUCGAAAUUGAAAUUUUUUACUAUCGAGUGUUUCAACAUUGAGUAUGCCAAAGAAUUGCUAUUUCAAUGGCGUUCCAAGUUAAUGAAAAUCUUCGCGAUUUUAUUACCUAACUCUGGAUAUGAUUUUUGCUGUUAAUUUUCGGUACCAUUUAACCAAUAUGUAUUUUUUCAAAGUAUUGUUCGUCGAUAGUUCGAAUUCAUCUUCGAACUCUAAAUUUCAAAGCCGUACUACCGUCUUGAUAUUGGCUAUUUUGAGUGCCGCGUCGUCAUUUCUGGUUGCUUUCGGUAUUCUUCUAUUUUCACUAGCGUUUACCGAAUACGAUAAACCCGAUGUUUCCAGAAAAAUAUUCUAUCCUCUACCCCAAGAUAAUUUCAAUACUGUUCAUCCAGGAACGCAAGAUUUAAUCUUACGAAAAUCUGACCUAGAAGUACCUUCUUUGAAAGCUGAGGCUAUUAAUUCGCUUAAUGUGGCUGUGGAGUUGAAGAAUGCUGGGAAAUUGGAAAAAGCGAUGAAAAUCAUGGAGCAUUGUAUAUCCUUGGCUCCGUUCGAUCCAGAUGUGUUGAACAGUUACGGUGAAUUCUUGGAAGAUAUUCAAAAAGACGUUGUUGGUGCUGAUCAGAUGUAUUUUCAGGCUUUAGUGAAGAAUCCGAGUCAUAAACGAGCGUUGGUAAAUAGACGUCGAACAAUUACAGUUGUCGAAGAAAAGGAUACAGCUUGGUUGCAUAAUAUUGAUGAAAAACGUAAUCAAGUCGCUGCUAUUCCGGAUACAAAUGUUGCUUUAACUAGAGCUAAGAAAGAAGCUUAUUUCCAACAUAUUUAUCAUACUGUUGGCAUCGAAGGAAACACAAUGUCGCUGUCUCAGACUAGAUCGAUAGUAGAAACUAGAAUGGCUAUCGGUGGUAAAAGUAUCGCCGAGCACAAUGAAAUUUUAGGUUUAGAUGCUGCUUUAAAAUACAUCAAUACUACAUUAAUCGAUAGAAUCGGAAGGAUCACCGUUGAAGAUAUUUUAGAAAUACAUCGUCGAGUUCUAGGAUACGUGGAUCCGACAGAAAGUGGCAUGUUUCGUCGUACGCAAGUUUUUGUUGGCGGUCAUGUUCCUCCAGGACCACAUCACAUUCCUUUACUUAUGGAUGAGUUUUCCAAGUGGUUGAAUUCCGAUAUAGCUGCGCGUUUGCAUCCUAUCAAAUUAGCUGCUUUAGCCCAUUAUAAAUUAGUUCAUAUCCAUCCUUUUAUCGAUGGAAAUGGACGAACGUCUAGAUUGCUGAUGAAUAUGAUUUUAAUGCAAGCUGGUUUCCCUCCAGUUAUUAUACCAAAGCAAGAACGUCAUCGAUAUUAUCGCGUCUUGGAAUUGGCCAACGGUGGUGAUAUCCGACCAUUCAUGAGGUUAAUUGCGGAAUGUACCGAGAAAACGUUGGAUUUAUUUUUAUGGUCUACUUCGGAAUAUACUACCAGCAGCAUUCCAGCUUUAGAUUUCUACAAAGAUGAUUAGCAUACCUCUUUUCCUACAAUUUCUUUUUUUCGUAUCGACGUUAUUUAUUUUAUUUUUUUUAUGGCUGUGAUAUUUCGAAUAAGUUACUGUGCUGUUUAUUGUGAUUUCUACUCUUGAAAUCGUUUUCUUUAUAUUUACGUGCAUUGGUUCCUGAUUGUGGGUAUGUUGUAUGUUGAAUUAUGAUUAAGGAUUUUGUUUUUUAUGUGAGUAUAAGAAGUGUUCGUCUCAAAUGAAUUUCACAACGCUAUGUAAUAAAUUCCACUCUUGAGAUGAAAGUAUUAAAGUGGAUGGUGAAUGAAGUUGCGAUAUGAGAAACAUAUCAUUGAAUGUGAGCGUAUUGUUACCUUCCGAUUGGUGAAUCAAACUGUCAUUUUCAUUCUUGUUUUUCAAUUUUCAUAACUUCGAAAAUCGAUGAAUCAUAAUGCUUUUUUUCAUUAAUCAAUAUUGUAUUACUUUUCAUAUCCAGCUGAUUCGCUUUUGGGUUCGUUAUGAAUAAUUUUAAUGUUGAUUAUUUUCAUUUUUUUUUCUUCAUGUUGAAUU